AUGAGAUCCUAUCAACCUGAGAAAUCGCUGCCUCCAGCUCUGACCUUGCUGGCUUCGGCCUCUGCCGGCACAGCCGCCUCUGUUGUAACGUGCCCUCUGGACCUGGCAAAGCUCCGGCUCCAGACGCAGCUGCGACUCCCACCAGGCGUGGAGAUACCAGAAGGACAUUUGCAUGGGCUACGAGACGCUAUGCUACGCUUGUGGCGUGAAGGAGGCGUGCGCGCCUUGUUCCGAGGAGCAGGUGCUCGUGCGGCUUUCCACGCCCCUAGCACCUGCAUCACCUUCACUACCUUCGAGGAGCUUGCCCGUAAUCAAUCACAGGCACAGUAG